AUGCAUCCUAAAUCGCUUCAAGAGUCUUUUCAAGUUUUUCAUCACACAUCUCAUAUGAGACGUAAAGAAGAUAGAGAAUUUGUGCUGUUUUUGACAGAAAUUGCGUCACUUGAAGAACUUUAUGCUAGAGGCUUGGAAAAAAUUGGAAAUUAUCCGUAUGAAUUUAAAGAAGAAGGUGGAAUAUCAGAAGCUAUUGCUGAGCUUAAAGCAGAGCAAUUGUAUAAGGCUAAGCAAGUUAGAACUUAUGCUGAAAAGAUUAUUACUGAGUUAGCUGAUCCUUUUAAAGAUUUACUUAAAAAUCGGCUGCAUGCUUUCAGUCUGCAUUUUAUUGUAAAAUUUACUAUUCAUGUGUUCAGUAAAACAUGAAUUUUUUUAAAAAAAAAUAUUUUAAAAAGAAAAAAAAUUCUGCAAAAUUUUUACUAUUAAAAGUCCAAAGAAAAACAAUGCGCCAUAAAAAUCAAUCUCAAGCUAUCAAGAAAGCGUAUGCCAAGAUGAUGAAUAUCGACAAAAGCCAAGAAUUAAUUUUUACUCCCCCAUUUAAAUUGGAGCAAAAAAUCUUGUUCCAACUUAAAAGGAUUUUUUUUUUAAAAAAACAUUAUCUUAAAAUUUUUCUCCAUAAAAAAAUAUUAUAAAUUUAAACGCAAUGCUUUGAUUUUAAUUCAUUUUUAUUAAGAAUUAAUUUAAAAAAUUGAUCGAUUUCAGUGUGAAAACAGUUUAAAUAGCAUUCUACUUGAUUUUUGCCAAUUAAAUUAGGAUGAAACUAAUUUAUAAAAAUUAUUUUUUCAUCGAUAAAAUCUUCCUAUUAAAAAACAAAUUUUCUAAUUUAAAAGGAGAGAGUUAGAAAAAUACAAAUCCGCAAGGAAUAAAUACUGAAAAUCGUGCAGUGAAUGCGAGCAAUAUGCAAUAUCAUUAGAAGAGUCUAAAUCCAAGAUUAAAACAGAAAAAAUCGUUCAAAAAUUACUGGCAAGCAAAAAAGAAAUUGAUAUAAGCCUAAAAGGCUACUUAGAAACAGUAGAAGAGUUUGAUAAGCACAGCAAAAAAUACAAAACAAUGGUCUCUAAUGUAAUAGAAACUUAUGAAAAACAAGAAGAAAAAAGGCUUAACUCAAUCAAAGACUCCUUAAUCAAAAUCACAGAAUAUGAAGCUGAGUCUCUUGUAAACAGCUUAUACGAAAUUCAAGCUCUCAAAAGUAAAAUGCAUUCCAUAGAAAUAAGCCAAGAAAUCGACAAAUUUAAAUCAGAAAGCCCAGACAGUUCUUUAUUUACUUUAGAAAUUGCAUUUGAGCCCUAUGAAGGAGUUCAUCCAUCCUUCAGAUCACUUAUGGGUUCUCCUAUAAUAUCAAUCCCUACAAGUGAAGACCAAAAGUGAGACAAGCUUUCGACUCAAUCAGCAAUAGAAGGUAUGUAUUUAAGUGGCCUUGAAACUAUUAUAGAAAAAGCUUGGAAUGGUAUAGAGCUGAAUGUUGAAGAUUAUAUUAACUUCAACCAUCUCAUUAAAGACCCUCAAGGCAGAAAAUCGUGAUCUCGAUGUAUGAAUUUAAGAAGAAGCCAUGGUAUUUUUACCUUAAAUGAGCUAGGUUUUAGACAAGUAGGAGAACUAAUGAUUUCAGUAUUAAAUGAAUGUGAAUUAGUUAAUGACAUACAAAUUGGUAAAAGUGUUAUUUCUAUUAAAAAUAACUGCUUUUCCUCUAUUUAUUAUUAGAAAAAUAUUUUUAUUUAUAUUAAAAAAGCAUAUUAUUCUUUCGCAAACUUUCCACAAAAUAUUAGGCGACGGAGAAGACAAAAAGCAAUUUCUUCAGAAUUUUAUCACUCAUCAUUCUUUAUGGGCCCAUAUGGAGUUUUGAGAUCAAGUAAUACAGACAUCAAUAAAUGAAGAAAAUAAAAACCAUGAAAACUUAGGAAUGACGAAUGCAGAAACUUCUCAAGAAACUUCACAAAGACUGAAAAGGGUUGUAUUUUGCCAACUAAUUUCGUAUUCGCAUAUUAUGAUUACUUUUCAAGUAAAUCAGCUUGCCGCAGCAGAAUUGGUGUUAGGGUAUGUAAAUAAAUAUAAGAUCAUUCUUGAGGAAGCGAAUCAGCUAAUGGUGAGGUAUAUUUAGGCUAUGAUUGAUAAGGAUUUGUUGACCAAAAUUAAGGAUUUAGAGGGAGAUCAGUAUCCAAGGUUAGUUGAAUGGGCAAAAGAGUAUAGCAGCAGUGUAGUGGAGAGUGAAAAUUCAGAUGCAAGUGAAGAUUCACUGAUGGAAUAA